UCAAUUCAACUCCGCCCAACGUUUGGCGAAACUUUGACUGAACUUUCUUCCGUUGAGCCUGUGCGUCACUCACCCAUAACCUGGCCCGGACAAACCACAGGACUGCUCAACUGCUCCUGAAACACGAAAAAAUGGGCUGGCAGGAGCAAGGAUGGCUCGUCUGUGCGAGUUUUCUCGGAUUCGUGGCGUCGGUGCAGAGCGUAACGCGGGGAGAACUUUUCCCCUUCGGUCCAAGCGCAAGGGACCAGUUACUGGAAGCAGGGAAUGACCAGACGCACCGACUUGAACUGGACAAGCCAGUGUUGUUUCAUGAUGGCACUUUCGACAGCCUCUUCAUCAACACCAACGGUUUCAUUGCCACAGCAGAGCCAACAAGCGAGUCCACAUAUCUUGGCAAUAUGCCCCCAAAAUUCGGCAUGAUUGCAGCUCUGCAAGGAGACCUGGACACAAGUGAUGGUGUGGGGAAGGUUUUCUUCCGUCAAGACUCCAGUCCUGAUGUUCUAACAAGGGCUGCCCGGUACAUAAACGGUGCCUUCCCAGAGGAUGACGAAGUCAAUCCCACCCAUGCUGUGGUGAUCACCUGGGUUAAUGUCGCCACCCAUGAACCUCCGAGCAGAGGAGAUGGCAUUGACAAGAAGAGAAACACCUUCCAGAUGGUUAUUGCGUCCCUGGAGACUGCAUCGUACGCUAUUGUCCUGUAUGCAAGGGAUGGCAUGCAGUUUUCCUCCACGCCUGUACAAGACAGCAGUGUGGUCCUGCACGCUGGCUUCAGUAAGGGUUUGGUCCAGGGUUUCCUGUUCUCCAGACAGGGGCCUUACUACCGCACCACCACUGAUGACGAGGCAUCCAUCAGAGCUUUAGCAGAAGAGACAAACUCUGGCCGGCGGGGUGUUUGGGUGUACGAGAUUGGAACUUCUCCCUAUUUCUCCAACGUGGCUCCAGGUGAGGUCACUGACCUGCCCACCGAGGCGCCCACUGGGAGGGAUGAGGAGGACACUGAUGCAAGGAGGACUGUGUAUACUAACGGACAGAAAGUGCAGGACCUUCCUUAUGAGCCAGAGAGGGAGCAGAUCGAAGUCCACCCGAUUCAGUACCAGCCACACCAGCCUGACAACCAAGAAGUCCUGGUGGUGGACGACACAGAUAUAAAUGUAGAUGUGUUCUCAUACAACCUGGGGACAUGUGCGAACAAUAGGAAUAAGUGCUCCCAGUUUGCUGACUGCAAGGACCACUCCAGUGGAUACUGCUGCAGCUGCAGACCUGGCUUCUAUGGCAAUGGGAUACAGUGUGUGGCAGAGGGAAAGCCACAGAGGAUGAAUGGUAAAGUGUAUGGAAAAGUGUAUGUGGGCAACUCCGCUACUCCAGUAGAGUUCACCAGCAAUGACCUCCACUCAUACGUUGUGGUAAACGACGGCCGUUCCUACGUGGCCAUCAGCGACAUCCCUGACACCAUUGGACCCUCACUGCUGCCCCUGUCGGCCCUUGGUGGUGUGAUUGGGUGGGCGUUUGCUUUGGAGCAGCCUGGCUUCAGGAAUGGCUUCAGUAUUAUUGGGGGGGAGUUCACACGGCAGGCUGAGGUGACCUUUCUGCCAGGGAAUGAGAAGCUGACCAUCAGGCAGGAGUUCAAAGGCAUCGAUGAGCACGACCACAUGGUGGUGAGCACCACCCUCGAAGGCCGGGUCCCUGAGGUGCCUCGUGGCUCAACCGUGAAGAUCGGCCCUUACUCCGAGGUCUACCAGUACAGCAACAACUUGAUCACUUCAUCCUCCACUCGGGACUACGAAGUGAGUUUACCCGAUGGCUCCACUUUCACCAGGACGUACCAGUGGCGUCAGACCAUCACCUUCCAGAGCUGCCAGCAUGGCGAUUCUCUGAGAGACAUGAAACCAACUCAGAUGCUCAGCGUGGACCAAGUCUUUGUCAUGUACAAUGUUGCUAAUGAACUCAUCCGGUUUGCCAUGAGCAACAAGAUUGGGGAUAUCAAUGGAGGGCAGCCAGAGGAGAACCCAUGUUUCACUGGAAGACACGGCUGUGACACCAACGCUGUGUGCCGACCUGGAGAGGGAAAUCAGUUCACCUGCGAGUGUGCUGCUGGCUUCAAUGGUGAUGGCCGCACAUGUUAUGACAUCGACGAGUGCAGAGAGAAUCCUCAGAUCUGUAGCUCCCACGCUAUCUGCAACAACCAGCCUGGGACCUUCCGUUGUGAAUGCGAAGAAGGUUAUCAGUUCAGCAACGAUGGCCGGACCUGCGUUGGGGAUAAUCGACCUGUGGACGCCUGCGAAGACGGAACCCAUAACUGUGACAUUCCUGAGCGCGCUCAGUGCAGCUACACCGGGGGCUCAUCCUACAUCUGCUCCUGUCAACCAGGGUUCAUAGGAGAUGGUAGAGUCUGCCAAGACAUAGACGAGUGCCAGCCAGGAAGAUGCCAUCAGGACGCUGUGUGUUAUAACACCCAGGGAUCAUUUACCUGCCAGUGCAGGCCAGGUUACUAUGGAGACGGCUUCUCCUGCUCUCCAGAGAGAACAAAAACACGAUGCGAGAGCCACAGAGACAGUCUCCUGGGUGGGACGGAGAUCGGUGCAAGGGGCCCCCGACCUCCUGUCGGACAGUACACCCCCGUGUGUGACGUGAACGGUGCCUAUGAACCCAUGCAGUGCCAUGGCAGCACGGGACACUGCUGGUGCGUGAACCGAAAUGGGCAGGAGAUCCCUGGGACUCGCUCUGGGCCUGGCAGCAGACCAAUGUGUAUCGACAAUGGUGGUGUGUCACCACCUGUUGGACCCACCACUCGACCUGACGUCCACCCCGUGCCUCAAGGAACACACCUGCUGUACGCCCAGAGCGGCAGAAUAGACCACAUCCCACUGGAAGGUUAUGAAAUGAAAAAGGACGAUGCCAAGGCCGUCCUCCAUCUCCCUGAGAAGGUAAUCAUCGGAGUGGCCUAUGACUGUGUGGAGAAAAUGGUCUACUGGACUGAAAUCACAUCUCCCUCAAUCAGCAAGGCCAGCAUCCAGGGGGGAGAGCCCACUGCAGUCAUUAGAUCAGACAUGGAGAGCCCAGAGGGUAUCGCUAUCGACUACUUGGGACGAACUAUGUACUGGACGGACUCUGGGAGGGACCACAUUGAGGUGGCCUCUUUGGACGGGUCUCAGCGUCGCAUCAUUAUAAACUCUGAUCUCGUCAACCCUCGCGCUAUUAUCACCGACCCUCCCAAUGGUAAUAUUUACUGGGCCGAUUGGAACCGUGAUGCCCCCAAGAUCGAGACCGCUUACAUGGAUGGAUCCAACCGGAGGGUGCUGGUUAAAGACGACCUCGGCCUGCCGAAUGGCUUGACUUACGACUCUCAGAGCUCUCUGCUCUGCUGGGCGGACGCAGGCACACAUAAAAUGGAGUGCACACAUCCAGGCCGCGGCGACCGCAAAAAGGUCAUGGAGGGGCUUCUGUACCCUUUUGGCAUCACGUCUUUUGGGAAGAACAUCUACUACACUGACUGGCGGAGGGAUGCCGUGGUUGCAGUUGACCACCAUACCGGCAAGGAGUUAGACGAGUUCCAGCCUCAGAAACGGACCAAGAUAUAUGGGAUCACCACAGCCUAUGCUCAGUGUCCAUCAGGACAAAACUACUGUGCUGUGAACAACGGGGGCUGCACUCACCUCUGUUUAGCGACCCCUUACGGACGCUCCUGCAAAUGUCCCGACAACGCAGUGGGUGUGGGCUGUGUGGAGAGAGACAGCGGAUUCUGAAAAGGGGCGGCUGUGCUCUGAGAGUUGACACUGUUUGGAUGUUUGACCGCAAAUUAGGAGUCACUCAGCAUUACUAAACUAUAGCUGCUGACAAUGCCACUGAAAAUGAACAGAGGUGAACUUACUGUGCCUUUUAUUGCUCAGUGUUAUGCUUAUAUGCAUUUUUUUACAUUUCCCUUUAUGAAAUCACAACUGCCGAACUUUGAGAAUUGUAAAUAUAAACACUAUCAUUUUGUCUUUUCCUGAGUGCACAUAGCCUGAGAAUAAAGCUCAAGGGUUACAUAAUUUAAUGUGAAAUUCAUCACAGCGAUGCAUGACAUCAUCCCGUGUCAGUUGUGUUACACUGUGGCAUGUUAAGAUUAGCUUAUCUCAUUCAUUGUCUCAAGUAUUAUGGUGGAAUAGGACGAGUGUCUGUACAAGCUGGUGGGAUGAGUUUAAAUGCUUUACUGUAAAAGAAUAAACAUUUUUCUAACA